AUGGGCUCGAUUACAGAGGCAAUAGGAAAGCGCACAACAGAGCUGUCUCAUGAUGGAAGGGAUGUGGCCAUCACCUUGGCCGUGUGCGUUUUCCUGGCAACGCUCAUCACGGGUCUCCGCUUCUGGUUGUCCAGAAGACGAAGGCCAUUAUUUUCCAUGCCAGAAUCCAUGACGCUCGUGUCUCUGCUCUUAUUCUACUCCUACGCCGUGGCGACCUACCUGAUUCUGACAAUCGGGCACGGUGGCUACCCAACGUCUCAGACACAGAGUUGGCGGCUUACGUUCACACUCAAGUGUAUCUACUAUCUUCGGUUGGCUUACGCCACAGGACUGGGCUUGGUGAAAUGCAGUAUCUUGAUGGCCCUGUUCAGAUCCCUCGCUGCUUCAUCCAAGGCCGCUCGACAUGCGAUCUUGAUCAUCAUGGCGGUCUGCAUUUCCUGGAGCCUUGGGGCUACCCUCAUAAGCCUCUUGAACUGUCGCCCAUUGAGCUACAACUGGAACCUGCAACAUUCGGAAGGCCACUGCAUCAAUCGAAAUGCUGCCUUUAUGGCAGUGAGCAUCAUUGACGUUGUGACAAAUGCCGCAAUUCUAGUUUUACCGCUGCCUAGAAUAAUAAGAACAAAGAUUACCCUACCGGAGAAACUAGUGAUGAUCAGUCUUCUGAUCUUGGGGUUAUUUGUUGUUGCCAUUACUGCGGUCCGCACAGUAACCAUCGCCAGAACGGACUUUUCUGCCGUUAACGACCAUGGCAAGAUGAUCAGCAUUUGGACAACGGUGGAGUGGACGGUGGCGCUUAUGAUAGCCAAUUCUCCUGUGCUGUGGCCUUUGCUCGACUGGCUCGCUCCUUUCCAUUCUAUGGAGAACGCCCCUGUGGAUACCAAUAUGACUACAAGUGAGCAAUUUGACUACGUUAUUGUCGGUGGUGGUACAGCUGGCUGUGUCCUAGCCUCACGGCUGAAGCAAUACAACUCCUCUUUGUCGAUCUUGCUUAUCGAAGCCGGCCCUGAUGCCAGCAACCACCCCCUCGUACCAGACGGAAGUAAAGCCCCUCAGUUACUUGGAUCAGAGCUUGAUUGGACAUACGAGACGGUGCCGCAGAAACAUCUUUCUGAUCGUGUACUCUCAAAUCACGCGGGGAAGGCUCUGGGUGGUAGUACCACAAUCAACAGUGGCGGAUGGAUGCGGGGUAUAAAAGAAGACUAUGACCUCUGGGCCAGCUUAGUCGGUGACUCUCGAUGGAGCUACCAAGGUCUCCUGCCUUAUUUCCGGAAGCUUGAGCAUCACUUCGAUCCUUCGGCCGACCCCGAAGUUCAUGGCUUUGAUGGCCCUAUCAAAACUGAGUCCGCUUCGUCUACAGGCCGCAGGUACCCUCUUCGUCAAAUGGUGCAAGAGGCCUGGAAUUCCGUCGAUGUAAAAUAUAACCCCGAUAUCAAUUCCGGCAGUCCUUUUGGGCUGGCUGAUGUUGUUGAGAAUCGCGAAAACGGGAUGCGACAAAUGUCGAGCUCCGUUUAUACGCUACAUGUGGAAAUCAUGACUGAAACUCUGGUCAAGAGAGUGCUAGUGGAGGAACGUGGGAGUCAAAAGGUUGCAAUAGGUGUAGUAUUGGAGGAUAAGGACGAAAGCCAAAUCAUGGCACGUCAAGAGGUUAUCAUUGCUGCGGGCGCAUAUCGUACCCCCCAGCUCAUGAUGCUGUCGGGUAUUGGCCCAGCGGAAGAAUUACGAGCAUAUGGGAUCAAUGUUGUCCUUGAUCUUCCGGAUGUGGGCCGUCACUUUGCGGACCAUGUAGCUGUCUCGCAAUGGUGGCAGUUGAAGCACCCAGAGAAUGGGCUAGCAUUCGGAUCACCCGCCUUCACUGACCCAGCUUUCUUCCGGGGAAAUCCCAUUGACUUUGUGGCCUUAGAUUCAGUGCCUCUCGAUGGCCUUCGGCAAGCACUGGUCAAGGACGACCCCAAUUGCAACCCAGAUGAGCAUCCGCUUAUUACCUCCCAGCGCGUGCAUGUGGAAACCUUUACCGUCUAUGUGGCGCACAACGCUCAGGACCCUAGCAUCGCAGUGGACGGUACACAUAUUACGACAGGCGUGUCCUGUAUGCUUCCAACUUCUCGGGGCAGCAUCAACUUAGCAGAUCGAGACGUCCGAAGCGCACCUCGUAUCGAUCCUAAUUACUGUGCUACUGAGGCUGAUCGAUAUGUCCUGCGGGAGGGACUUCGGAAAUUGCGAGAAGUCUUAUGCGAUACUCCAGCGGGACAGAAAAUGAUUCUUUCCGAAACAGUUGAAGAGAAAUAUCAGCCCUUAGGUCCUGAUACGGGUGAUGAAGCCAUCGAUGAUCUCAUCCGUCGCCGAGCUGCGACGCUGUACCAUCCUACGGGCGGUGCUUGCAUGGGCAAAGUGGUUGAUGGUGAUCUGCGUGUCAAAGGGAUCGAUGGGUUGCGAGUUGUCGAUGCGAGCGUAAUUCCGACUCCAUUGAGCACACAUAUACAAGCGUGUGUGUAUGCGUUGGCUGAGCAAGCUGCGGAUAUUAUCUCGGGUGUUUGUAGUGUCUGA